UCUCCUCUCAGCUUCACGGAGAAGCCACCAGCCAUACUCAGCACCCGGAGACAGCUGCCACUCACUACCUCUCUGGGGAAUGUUGGUGGUUUUUCCGUUUGCAGAUCGAGAGCUCGAAACAAGCACCGUGUAAGCCAGAGCUGUCUCCUGCGGAAGAAGGAGAGGAUGGCUCAUUCCAGGAUCGCCUGCUUGGUCCUCUUCAUGCUGUCAGGAGCCCUUGUCCCUGCUGUUCUUACAGCAGAGUAUCCCCAAGGCCCUGUUCCUACACUGUGGAACGACCCAGGGGAGCUGCCAUCGGGAGUGGGCCCCUUCGAAAGCACCACCCACACCCAUGCCUCUGAUGCCACAGACCUCCCCCUCUACACCUCAGAGUAUGAGCCAGAGGACACCACCCAUCUGCAUCGGCUGGAUGAUGGAACUGGGUCCUUGGGCCCCGGAGCCAUCGCUGCCAUCGUGAUCGCUGCCCUGCUGGGCACCUCCGUAGUCCUGGCGCUGAUCGUCAUCACGCUGCGAAAAUUCUCCACUUCCUGAAUGAAAUAAAAAGGGUCUCGUUUUUCCUA